AGCUGUUGAAGCGCUUGGGGCGCAGAAGAGAAGGAGGUGGAGGAGAAGGAGGCUCGGGGGGCCAAAGCGGGGACUAUGGGAAACGGGAUGUGCUCCCGAAAACAGAAACGGAUCUUCCAAACGCUGCUGCUGCUCACCGUGGUGUUCGGCGUCCUCUACGGGGCCAUGCUCUACUACGAGCUGCAGAGCCAGCUGCGCAAAGCCGAGGCGGUGGCGCUCAAGUACCAGCAGCACCAGGAGGCCCUCUCCGCCCAGCUACAAGUUGUAUAUGAACACAGAUCAAGACUAGAAAAAUCUUUACAGAAGGAAAGACUUGAACACAAGAAAGCAAAAGAAGAUUUUCUGGUUUAUAAAUUAGAAGCACAAGAAACACUAAAUAAAGGAAGGCAAGAUUCUAACAGUAGAUACAGUGCGUUGAACGUACAACAUCAGAUGCUGAAAAGUCAGCAUGAGGAGCUGAAGAAGCAACACAGUGAUCUAGAGGAGGAACAUCGAAAACAAGGCGAUGACUUUAGCCGAACCUUUAGUGACCACAAGCAGAGAUACCUCCAGCUUCAGCAAGAGAAGGAGCAGGAGCUGUCCAAGCUAAAGGAAACUGUUUACAAUUUGCGAGAAGAGAAUAGACAGCUAAGAAAAGCUCACCAAGACAUGCACACGCAGCUUCAAGAUGUGAAGCAACAGCAUAAGAAUUUACUCACCGAGCACGAACAACUAGUAGUGACUUUGGAAGACCACAAGAGCGCGCUAGCUGCUGCGCAGACCCAAGUGGCUGAAUAUAAGCAACUGAAAGAUACGCUGAAUAAGAUUCCGAGCUUCCGAAAGCCUGAUAGGGUCGAAGAACAAAAUGUCAUCCAGGAAGCACCUUCUCGCCAAGGUGAUUUCACUGCCAAGGAGAAGAAAAUGAUUGAGGAACCAAAGGAGGGUCCCCACAGUAAUGAAAAAUGGCAAGCCCAGGAGCAGGCUGUUGGGGAGAGGAUAGCAGAGACCAAACCCUUGCAUCCCACCCCAAAAGAGAUGGAAUUUCACCCUGGAGAUGCACCGAACCAGCCACAUGAGGAAGAUCCCAGAAGACAAGAAGAACAGGAGCAUCAGGUGGAGGAAGAGAAUAAGAGGGAGCUUGAAGAGGAGGCGAUGGAGCAGGUAGGGCAGGCUGAGCAUCUGGUGGAAGAACAGGAUCAGGCUGCAGAUGAGCAGGACCGGGCAUGGAAGGAGCAACAGGAACAACAAGAAGAGGAAACCAAUGUGCUGACAGAGCAUGCUCAUGUGGAGGCACUUCCUUCAGAAAAGGCUGUGACAAAGGUUAAAUCAGCUUAUGAGGAACAGCUAGAGCAGCAACGAUUGGCCGCCAGGAGGGCUGAAGAAGCCCAACAGCUAAGAGAACGACAAGAGUCUUUGCAUAAGCAAAGGCUGCAAGAGCACUUGUUAAGGCAGCAGCGACUUCAGGAAAGAGAAUUGGCUUUGCACCGGCAGGCCGAGCUCGAAGAGGAGCAUCAUCGUCAAAAACGCCUACGGCAGCAAGCACGUUAUGAUGCGAUGGAUAAUGAUAUCGUCCAAGGAGCAGAGGAACAGGGUAUCCAAGAGGAAGAAGGUGGUGCCUAUGAAAGAGACAACCAGCACCAAGAUGAAACUGAAGAUGAUACACAUAAAGAGAAUGAGCCCCAAGGACAAGUACAGCAAGCAGAUAACCCUGAACCAGACCAAGCAGCUGGUGAGGAUGUCAAUCCUGCAGACGAUCCAAACAAUCAAGGAGAGGAUGAGUUUGAGGAAGCAGAGCAAGUAAGGGAAGAGAACUUGGCUGAGGAGAACGAGGUGCCCAAGCAGAGCAGUCAGAAGCAAGGAAAUGCUGAGGUGGAGGAGCAUUUGGUGAUGGCAGGAAAUCCAGACCAGCAGGAAGAUAAUGUUGAUGAGCAGUACCAGGAAGAAGGAGAAGAGGAGGGUCAAGAAGACUUGACUGAAGAGAAGAAACAAGAGCUGGAGCAUAAUGCCGAAGAGCCAUAUGGGGAAAAUGAUGAAAAUAUGGAUGAUAAAAACAAUGAUGCUCAAGAACAGGCAGCUCGAGAAGUAAACCCCCGAAAAGACCACGAAGAAAACUAUGAGGAGGAAGAGGAGGAAGAGGAAGGCGGGGCUGUGGAGAAGGCUCAUGGACGAGCAGAAAUGUGAUUUGGUAGCUCUGGGGAGACUUCGGCCGAGGGUUCCUCUUUAAGCUGCUCACAAAUGAUAUGCCUACUGAACUCUAGGGUAUUUAAUGACAAUUCAGAGCUGCAACUUUUUUUAACUUUUGUAUUAGAUGCCCUCAUUCCUUUAUACGAAUAUAAUAUUUUGAUAUUCUAGGUUUUAGUGCUUCUUUUGUAUUCAAGCUAAACACAAAGAAAGAGAAACACAUUCAAGAUAAAAGCAUAGGGCUCUGACUCAAGUUUUCCUUGCUUUCUUUGUUGGGUGGUCAGUAGGGGUGGGUGACACUGUCAAGCUUGUUAAUGUUGUACUCUUUUUUUUUUUUUUUUUGCCAAGGCAAUUAGAGUCAUGUGACUUGCCCAGGGUCACAGAGCUAGGAAGGGUUGUGUCCGAGACCAGAUUUGAACUCAGGUCCUCCUGACUUCAGGGCUGGUGCUCUACCCACUAGCUGCUUCAAUUCUGUACUUUUUUUUUGUCAAAUUAUUUUCCAGGCAUCUUUCUUCUAACAUGUAUUCCAUUCCAACAAGCAAUCUAUAAGAAAAACUAGUGUGUCUCUGUGGCACGUAGAUCAUAGACGGUCAACUUAGUAAUCAUGUCGCCAAGUUCCUCUGUACAACUAGGCAAGAAUUUGAAGACUCUUCUAAGUUAUAAGGAAGCUGCUGGCCUCUACUGGUAAAGAGUAUUUGGUCUACUGGGAAUCCAUACACCAAUGACAUCUGUAUUAUUUUACUUUAAUCUUUUCAGAAUAUUUUAUUUAGCUCUUGUCUCAUUCGAAUAACAGAUGCCCGUGCAUGGUAGUAUACAUUUUUACCAAGUCUUUAAUUCCUGUAUGUGGCCAAUGUGGGUUUUGGACAAUCAGAUUCAUAUUCUGUGUGUGUAUGUAUGUGUAUGUGUAUGUGAUUUCCCCUUGUUUCUUCUGGAGAAUGUGCAACGCUAAAAUUACCUGAGGAGCAAUUGGGCCAAACAGCAGGAGUAUCCCAGCACUAGACUGCUGGGAGAUCGCUGUAGACCACUGACCUAAGUGAUUUCAAUGGUCAGGUGAGGCAGAGUCAAACAGCACUUUAGAGAUUUUUGUUUUCUUUUCUUUUGUUUUUUUUUUAGAAAAUUGCUUAAUGCAUUUCUUUACCACAGCUUUCUUUUGUUCCAGUAUUCACAUUAAGCAUUUUGACUUCGUUCUUUUUGGAGUUAGCGGGUAGCAUCAGGAUCAUCAAGGUUGUGCUCAUCACUCUAUGUUGGCCACUUUUAAAACCGCUUUGCUAUCACUUCCUUAAGAACCCAUUGUCAAAAUGUAGUCCAUCACAUUGAAGAUAGAUUUCCCUAAGCAGACCAUUUAACAUAAUCAUUUUGCAUGGAACUAUAUAUAGCAAAGCAUUAUAUAUUCAGAUAUAAUACACUCAUGACUUUUGUUGGCAACAAUUAGGUCUGCUUUCUCUCUUCCCUCUGACCCCCAUACAUAAGGAAUGAUGGUAAUUCUGAAUUAAUGAAGCCCAUUAAAAAAGUCAGAAUUUCCCAGAAUGUUCUAGGUUUUGGAAAUUGAGUGUUUUAUACAUUCAACACAUACAUCCUGCCAUAAAAUGAAUCAUCCUUUUAGGAUGCAUGGGUCAGUGUUUCCUGAAUUUGGUUGUGGGCUAUGCCCAAUGGCUGUGGAGAUUUUUUUUUUUCCAAGAGGAUUGAAAAGAAGGCACUUUCUAAGAGGGAAAAAUUGCCAAAGGGAGGGAGGCUUGAGAGCUAUUAUUUUCCUCCUGGACGAUUGUCAACUAUUAGUGACAUAUUAAUGGUAAUGUUGACUUAGUUCAGAAAAGAAAAAAAAAAUUAACCGUCUAUUUAAGAGCCUCUUCCCAAUUCAUUUCCUAUUAAGUUUUCUCUUCCAUAGAGGACUAUAUUUGUUUCAAUGCUGGAUGCUGGACAUGAACGCCACCAGCAAUAAGGGGUUAAAGCAUAAAAAAAUUAAAAAAAAACAUAUACUUUUAUAAUUUGUAUUAAUCCUUUCAAAGUACGAAAAAUGUUCUGUUCUUACAAUUUUUAUAUUAAUGUAAUUUAUCCUUUUUAAGAAACAAUCAAGCCUAACUUUAUGUUCAUUUCUAGUUUUGACUAUUCCUGGCUGAGUGUUUUUAUAAUUAUGCAUAGAAAGGUUUCAUUCAAAUGUAUUUUGAGGUUUUCUAGGAAUCAUAAAUCAACUUUUACCUUAUGUAUAAAAACUCUGUGUAAUGUAAAAUGUAUAAUAUUGUACAUAAUCUUCAGAAUACAAUUAUUUUGGUAAAUUAGUUUGUAUUUUAAUGUCCCAGUGGCAAUAUUUAAUUAUUUGAGGCGUAAUAGAAUUUGGUUACAGAUAAUAAAAUCAAAAGACAGAUGGUACAUCUUUCUGAAGUGUGAUAUGUCUAAGAAGGGGCUUAAUUUUCAUAACCAUUAAACUGUGUCACAACCACAGCAAGACCCAGACUCCAUCUGCUAUCUGGCAGCAAAUUGGUAACAGAACCAGACGCCUGAAAUCUAUGGUCACAUUUCUGUGGUUAUCAGAAACUGAAGGUUCACUUCUCUUCGGGCCACCAUUUGUUGGUUCAGUUCUAUGUUGAUGGUGAAAGAGCUUCUGUAAAAUUCUACCGUUAUGACAUAGACAAAGCCACAGUAUUCUAAUUUUAUCCCAAAGGAGCAAAGAAAAAUGAUUUCGUUAAGGACCCUAGUAGCAAGCAACAUACUUUGGAAAGGCCCCUGGUUUUCAGUUCUCUCCCAACUUAUCUUCCCUUUCUUCUCAGAGGAUCGUGAAUCUACUUGACUGUUAUGUCUAUUCUCCAUUAUCACACCACCACCAUAGGAUAUGUUCUUUGAGGACAGAUUGGAGCCAAAAAGCCCCUGGGGUACCAACUCUCUAAAGAGUAGUUAGAAAAGUAAGAAUUCCAUUUGAAUUUAUAUUCUAGGAGUCUGCAAACCACAAUGGAGGUUAUAAGGAAGAAUGUGCACAAGAACUUCAUGGGAUGAAGAAAGGAUGGGUAACAAAUCUUUACCACUGGAAGGAGUGUCCCAUCAAAUGAUACAUCUAAAUGGAGGAUCACUGGGCUUUACCACCUAUCCUGAAUUAUGCUGUUGAACAGAUAGAUGCUAGACACUGCCAACUGGCCUACCAGUGUACUAAGGAGCUGUGGACCUGGCCGUUUCUUUCACCACCAUACCCUUAGACUUUGGGUUCUUUCCAUCCACCCUGCUGCCGUACUCCCCUCCCUCUGUGUUGUCUCCCCCGAUUAGAGUGUGAGCUCUGUGAGAGCAAGGACAAUCUCGUUUUUCUAUGUGUAUCAUCGGUGCUUAGCCCAUUUGAUGUGGAGCACUUAAUAAAUGCCUAUUCAUUCAUUCAA